AACUUCCAAAGUGUUUCUUUAUUAUUAAUAUUAAUUUUUAAUAGAUUCUCAAGAAUAAAAUAAUUAAUAUUAUCGAAAAAUACUUUUGAAAUAUUGAUAAUGGUGGCAUUACGACAUAUUCACUAAAUAUAUUAUUUGUUCUUUUAAAGUUUGGGAAUACAAUUAUAUGGAAUAUAGGUUAUAUGUGGAUUCCUUAAUAAUACUAAGGAAUAGAGAUAUGUCUGUGAUCACAUAAAUUAUUCGUUUGAAUCGUUUUUGAAUCUUAAAAUAUUUAAAGUAUUUAAUUGUGUAAAAAAUGGCACAAGAAAAAGGAGAUCCUCCACGAAAGAGAUACAGAAGAGAAGCAGACAAGGAAAGCAGUCCCCUGGAAACAGAUGACGAUUAUGUUCCUUAUGUGCCAGUUAAGGAACGUAAAAAAUAUCAAUUAAUUAAGCUUGGUAAGCUUGGACAACUUAAAGAUGAAGCUGCUGCUGGUAUUAUCGGGAAAAGUAGCAGUGAGAAUGAAAAGGAUGAUGCAGAUGAUGAUGAUGGGCAAGUAUGGGGAAGAAAGUCGAACAUUUCUUUGUUAGAUCAACAUACUGAAUUAAAAAAAUUAGCAGAAGCUAAGAAGGAAAGUGCUAUGGAAAAACAGUUGAAGGAAGAAGAAAAGAUCCUAGAGAGUGUAGCAGAAAAUAAAGCUUUAAUGGGUGUAGCGGAAUUAGCAAAGGGUAUUCAAUAUGAGGACCCAAUAAAGACCAGUUGGAGACCUCCAAGAGCAGUUCUUGCUGCAGGAGAAGCAAGACAUGAAAGGAUUAGGAGAAAACUUAGAAUUUUAGUAGAGGGAGAUGAUGUACCACCACCAUUGAAAAGCUUCAAAGAGAUGAAAUUUCAUAGAGGUAUACUGAAUGGUUUGGAACAGAAAGGUAUUGUUAAACCCACACCAAUUCAAGUUCAAGGAAUACCAACAGUAUUAUCAGGUCGCGAUAUGAUUGGCAUUGCUUUCACUGGUAGCGGUAAAACAUUGGUAUUUGUAUUACCUAUUAUAAUGUUUUGUCUAGAACAAGAAGUGGCUAUGCCAUUUGUGAGAAACGAAGGACCAUAUGGUUUAAUCAUUUGUCCGUCUCGAGAAUUAGCGAAACAAACUUACGAUAUUAUUCGACAUUACACGAAUACUUUACGACAAGCAGGUUGUCCCGAAAUACGCAGCUGUUUAGCAAUUGGAGGUGUACCUGUAUCAGAAUCUUUAGAAGUUAUUAACAAAGGUGUUCACAUUAUGGUGGCAACUCCUGGAAGACUAAUGGAUAUGUUAGAUAAAAAGAUGGUAAAACUUAGCGUGUGUCGUUAUCUAUGUAUGGACGAAGCUGAUCGUAUGAUCGACAUGGGUUUUGAAGAAGAUGUGCGAACAAUUUUUUCGUUCUUCAGGGGUCAGAGACAAACGUUGCUGUUUUCCGCAACUAUGCCAAAGAAGAUUCAAAAUUUUGCGCGUUCCGCUUUAGUAAAACCUGUGACGAUUAAUGUUGGUCGCGCAGGUGCAGCGUCUAUGAAUGUAAUACAAGAAGUUGAAUACGUCAAGCAAGAAGCCAAAAUCGUGUAUCUCCUGGAAUGUUUACAAAAAACUCCCCCACCUGUACUUAUAUUUGCCGAGAAAAAGCAAGACGUUGAUGCUAUUCACGAAUACCUAUUGCUAAAGGGCGUUGAAGCGGUAGCAAUACAUGGUGGAAAAGAUCAGGAAGAAAGAUCGCGUUCUGUAGAAGCUUUUCGUGAAGGCCGGAAGGAUGUAUUGGUUGCAACGGAUGUUGCAUCCAAAGGUCUCGAUUUUGCCGAUGUGCAACACGUUAUAAAUUACGAUAUGCCGGACGAUGUUGAAAACUAUGUGCACAGGAUCGGAAGAACUGGGCGUUCUGGACGAACUGGAAUAGCAACAACAUUUAUUAACAAAGCAAAUGACGAGUCUGUGUUACUGGAUCUUAAACACUUGCUUAUGGAAGCAAAACAAAAGGUUCCACCAUUCUUGCUGGAACUUUGUUCAGAGAAUGAAAAAUACCUCAAUUUGGGAGAUGAGCGUGGAUGCAGUUAUUGCGGUGGUCUUGGUCACAGAAUCACAGAGUGUCCCAAACUGGAAGCUAUCCAAAACAAACAAGCUUCGAAUAUCGGACGCCGUGAUUACUUGGCCAGCAAUGCAGCUGACUAUUAAACUGGAAUAUUUUGUACAUAUCUUUUAAAAAAUAGUGAUUUCUUUGUAUAAUAUCGUAUUUUGUAUAAGACACCGAUUUUGUAAAUAUUCAUACAAAAUUUGUAUUUAUAAUUAAACAUUGAUAUUAUCUCA